AUGGAGAACUAUCUCUCUUCCCUGACAAGUGUUAUUGUACCUUGGUUGAGCCCCUCUUCUGUUUACUGGGUGACUGAUAUUAUCAUCUCCCUCCUGUGUGGAGUGGGACUUUUCUACAUAUUAAUUCGCUUAUUCCAGAGUAAUUCGCCAUUGUCACCACCCACGAACAAUAGAAGCAUCAAAAAGUAUGAAAAGUCACCAAGGCCAAGGAAAAGGAGCCGACGGAGAAGUGGAGCUCUGAAAGCGUGUAGAGAUUGCCUGCAGGAACUGGAUGGGAUUUGGAGCCUGCUUUCAUUUCUACAAAGCCGCCUGAGAAAGCUCCCUAACAAGAGCAGUUCCCAUCCGUGCAUAGAUUUAGACCCACCUCAAGUGAAGAAACCAGUGUCUUCCAGAGCCCACUGGCCAUGCCAAGUUCAUGUAGAAGAUAUCACUCCCACUAUGUCCCCACCAGUUCCUCCCACUCUUCUGGCCAAGUGUUCACAACCACUGACCUUCUGGCCCAAGCCAAAAUCUUCCUCAGUUUCUAUUCAUUCAUACUCAUCCAUGAAAACCACUGGGCCAGGGCCACCAGAGCCCUUCCUCCCCCUGGAGUGCCUUUCUCCCUCACCACCUGCAUUUUCCCCUUCCCCUCAAGUUCCCACUGAUUCAGAAGCCUAUAUUCCAUCUCCAAUAGGCCCUGCUGCACCCCCAUCCUCAGUCUCUCACCUUCACACAAGGGCACUUCCACCGAGCACCAUCUCUCAGGGCUUCCAUCAACAUACUCUCUGGCCACCUGCUCCCAUCAGAAUCAUCUCAGGCCUGGGCCAGUCUAGUCAUCCCAUUUCAACCCAGUCCUGGUGGCGGGUGACUGCCAAUGCCCUGAGCCUGUCAUAUCGUGACUCCCAACAAAAGCCACUUUCCCAACCUCCACCAGGUAUCUUGUUCUGGAAACUUCCUACAAAUAGGCAGGUCAAGGCUGGUAGCCUGCCUACCAACUCUAACUUCCAGAAGUUGUUAGAAAUACUAAUCACUAAGAAACUCAAACUGAAGGUAUGGAAGAAGAAGGAGUAUGUUUCCAAAGACCACCUGAAUUCUCUAAAGAUGCUCAAGUCAUUAGAUGACAAAAAGGAUGUCAUGACUUACCAACCCUUCUGUAAUAUGAAAGACAAAUCAGAGCAGCUGUAUGGUCCUGAGAAGCCCCCACCCACUAAGAUUUUGCAGAACUACUUAAAGAAGAAACAUAAGCAGCUUUUCUGGGGUCUACCCAUCCUGCACAGUGAGUCCUUGUUGGCUCCUGUCAGGAUUAGUGGUUCUCCACUAGAACAUCCCUCUGUCUUAUUCAACCAAUUAUCUGACACUUUACCAGUACAAAUUCAAGUGGAAAUAGCAUCACAUCUUUCAGAAUCAAAGCCAUUGUCUCCGACUAUGGCCCAGUCCCAGCUCUUGCCUACAACUAUGUCUCAGUUGUCACCUCUGGCUCAGGUCCAGACCCAGCCUGCCCCAGCUCUACCACCUUCUCCACCUCAGAUUAUGGAUCUCAGAGAAUCUUAUCCUACAGCCAAAAAUAAAGAGCAAUCUUCCCUACCAGAUAAAGUUCAAAACCUAGGAUGCCACUUUUUGAAAAAACAACUAGAAGGUGAGACUACUUCACCUUCUGUAGUUAAAAAAUAUCAAGAAAAAUUUACCUGUGUCCCUCCCAAACUCCAAGACAUCAAGGAUUCCCAAAUUCACAUGGCAAUGUCUGUCCUCCCCAAAGAUGUGACCAGCCCUGAGCUCCAGGCGCAAACAGCGUUAAAUCCCGCUCCAAUGAUGGGUCAAAGUAGUCAGGAUAAACAGAAGAUGAGGCUAAGUUGGCCACCAAUUAUUUCACUAGAGAAAGAUCUAAGCAAAGGCCUGGGAAAGAAUGUAGGUAUGAUCCUAAAAGAUCUUUAUACCAACUCAGCCAGCCUCCCGGUAGAAGUUCUGGAAGCAAACUAUGAGAAUUCAAAAGAAAAGUUCAUGAGACCCUCAACAAAGGACCCACAGAAGAGGCAUCUAGAAAACUUUCUGAAGACUCAUUUGGGCAGAAAGGUAGAACAAAUCAGUGAGGGUCAAAUCCCUGUAAAUGUUCAUCACUCCAGGCUAGAUACCAACCAUGCCUUAUGCCUUCCUGGGCAGUCAAAUUCUGGCAAGAAAAAUGAAAAUUUCACCUCAUCAAAGGGCCUCAUGCCCGAUAUAAACACAUCCUUUCAGCUGUCUGUGCUCAGUUCACAUACUCAAAAGGUGCUGGAGGAACAUCUUAUAAAGCUUUGGGUAAGGCACAGGUGGCAUUUACCCCUCAAAAUCCUCAAGCCUAUAAAUAUGUUCAAGUUUAGGAAAACUCGACUCUCUCCCUUUGCACGGUCUGCCAUUCUGCACUCAACUGCCUGUGAAUUGGAGUCAUACUCCAGAGAAAAGCCAUCCAGUGCCUUGGAGAAACCUCCUUCAGUCCAUUUGGAAGAAAGGGGAAAAAGCAAAAUGUCUGUUUCCACACCUACCAAUGUAAAUUGCCUCCCAGCUCUUUCAGUUUCUCCUGCAUAUGACAAAACACCAACCUGGGAAGAGACUACUCUGGCUCAUGGACCCUCAGAGACCCCUCUGUGUGAACAAGAAGACAGGAUGCCUUCUCAGGCUUUCACCCACUCCUUUGUAAGCAGACUCUGGCACAGUGGGACUAUGCUGGAGGCCAACAGAAGCAUGGGUCCAAUUCCAAUUCCAGCAACAGAUGCAAAUGAACUAAAGGAGGAUCAGGACCCAGCCUCACGAGAGUCCUACCAGAGUGGGGCAGUCAUGCAGUUCAACUCAGGUUCCCACACUGAACAGGUGGAAGAGGACAGGGUGAUAGUGGAGAUCAAGGAAGUCCCUGCUUGGGAAACUCAUUCAAAACCUAGAGUUAUGCUCAAAACCAUGAAUUCAAAUCUUUGGAGUUCAUCUCGAAGGUCCAGUAAAAGACUUUUACCACCUGCAAAGCCUGUUGUCCCAGAUCCGGAAGAAUCACGCCUCGAUGGAUGGCUUAGAAAGCUUGAACUGCAAAAGUCGAUGGAGUUAUGCAAGCAGCCUGCAGUGCCUGCCAGUAGUGUACUCCUUCAGGACUGUGAGACUGGCGUUCUCCUUCAAGACUGUGCCACAGACACACUUCUUCAAGAAUCUCAGUCUGAUGUCUUCCGUGCUGCAGACAUUUUGGCUUCUCAAGGAUGUCUGUCUGGUUGCCAAAGUGUACCGAGUGGUGACCUGCCAGUGUCUCCUAUGCAAUAUGAUCAGGCAUUCAGUGGAGGAAGCAACCAGAGUCAACAGAAGCCCCAGAAACCGCAGGACCCAUGUAAGAGGCAGGGAAGUUCUGCCUCCACUCAUGAGGGAGAAAGAAGCCUCACACUAAGAGAACAGGAACGGAGACUUGCAGGAAAGAGGGUUUCUCAAGCCCGUGAGAUGAACCAACCUCCUCUAGAUGAAGAAUCCUGCAGGGUCCUGCUAGAGAAGGAAGAAGAUCCUCCAGAAAGCCAUUUGAGAAAGAAAAUGAAGAGCUUUCUGCAAUGGGUAUUCCCUAGGAAAGACAAAGCACUGGAAGAGCCUCUGCAAAAAAGCAAGGCUGCUUCAACCCCUUCUCGGAGGCGAGUACCAAUCAGAAGCAGAUCACUCGUGGGCAGUGGGAUUGCGGAAGCAGAGGCACUCAUGGCAGCUAUUAGCCGUAUCCUAGAAGAGAAAGUGGCUUUUCACCAAGGAUGCCCUGCCUUCGAGUUCAGUUGGUACAAUGAACAACUUCCAUCCCCAGAGGGUAGGCAUUUCUGCUAUGGCAAGGUGCUCUCUUACCAACCACAAAGAAAGGUGAUAAGUGGCAGCCCCUGCAGGCACCAGAUCUCCUCCCAAGGCCACUUGCAUCCAUUCAAGAACAGAUGGGUCAGAGAUAAGAUCUUUGCACCUAGGAAUCAAGAGUUUCUAGCUAGACCCUACCAGUACAAUCAAAGGGUGCAGGGGGUCACAGGCCAUCAUUCCCACUGCCCAAGGCACUGUCUCUUUCAAAACUAUACAUAUUCUGAUGCAUCUGAAUAUUCUUCUCCCACUUUUUUUGAUGGAACUACAUUUAUACAAAGAAGAAUGCAUACACUGCAGAGAAAAACUGUUUUUUCUCAUGUUAGCACAUCCUCUACCUACUAGUGGCUUCUUUCUGACACAGAACUAUUUUCCAAAAUAUAUGUGUAGUCUCUGGAGAA